AUUUCCCUGUUAAUUUCUGGGAGAAAUCUUUAAAGAAAUCUACCCCUUACAGUGUGCAUUUUCCCUCCUGGGUGUUGGAAAUGUUUCUACUGUAUCAAUGAAAAAAUGUAGUUCAGAACAAGAAACUUUAAAAAUUAGUUGGCUCCAAUGGAUACCCACAGAAGUUGGUAAUCUGUGUGCAUUACAGCACUGGCUGAUCAAUAGUAAUUCAGGGAUAGAGUGGUGUAUCCUCAACUGAGAAAUAUUUCAAGGCUUGAUUAGUUGUGCUCCUUUUCCAUUGGGACUAUAGUGCAAUCUUCACUUACAAAGACAUGUGAUCUGAAAGCCUGAGGCAGAACAAGCCUUGUUUUCACAGGAGAAGCUUUUCUAGGAUGCAAAAGCUUUUACAUCCUCAUCCUUGUUUCUAAAAGCUGUGUCUUCUCCACAAAAUUAAAAAAAAAAUCAAACAAAAAAGCAAGCUUAGGAUGGCAUCAACAUCACAGUCUCUGCGAGGUAAAAAGGCAUGUAAAAAAAUAUUUUGGGCAGUGUUUCCUCAUGCCUGCUUCAUUCUGUCUCUUGUGAUCUAUGCUUUUCUCGGGGCUCUCAUGUUUUCCCACAUAGAAGGUAACCGGAAGGUCAAUUUAAGUGAAGGAUAUAGAAAAUUUCUGCAGAAUCUGUGGUACAUCUCCAGAAAUUUAUCAGGUAUGUAUAACAUGACAGAAAAUGAGGAGAUAUUUAAGGAAAAAAUCCAUGCACUGCUUAACGCGGCUGAACGAGACUGGUUUGUCAAUCCAAAAGAUAUAUGGAGUUUCUUUGGGUCUCUCUUUUUCUGUUGCACAGUAUUUACAACUGUGGGUUACGGUAAUACCUAUCCUGUGACACGGAUUGGAAAAUAUCUCUGUAUGCUGUAUGCUUUAUUUGGCAUCCCUCUGAUGUUCUUGGUCCUGACAGACAUGGGAGACAUCCUUGCGACUGUCUUAUCCAAGUCUUACAAUGAAUUCAGAAAACUGCAGUCAAGAAUUCUAGCCUCUAAACUCUGUUCUGGAUCCACAUGUAACAAAGGGGAUGAACUGAAAUCCAGAGAACAGUCUAAAGUAGUCAUCAAUGAGCCCUUGACUAUUAUGGAAGUGCUGAAAAGUCAGCCAGGUGUUAAAAGGAAGCCAAUCAAAUAUCGCAAUGCUGAAAUUUUUGAAAUGUUAAUUGCCAGAGAGAAUGAACAAGCAAAACCAGCAAGAAAUAAAAGCAUUGAGAGAUGGAGUUCAUGUCCCGAACUAACCAGGGGAAAGGCAAUGUCCAGAGUAAUUGAGAAUUUUGACAAAAUAGGGAAAGAGUUAGAAAAAUUAGAUGUGCCCAUUGUAUUAAUGGUGCUAGUUAUCUUUGUGUACAUCUCCUGUGCAGCUGCUAUUCUUCCAAACUGGGAAACCAGGUUGGAUUUUCAGGAAGCCUUUUAUUUCUGCUUUAUCACCUUGACAACUAUUGGAUUUGGAGAUACACAACUGGAACAUCCCAAGUUUUUCUUGUUUUUUUCCCUCUAUAUUAUUAUUGGCAUGGAAAUUGUCUUCAUUGCUUUUAAGCUGGGCCAAGACCGCUUAAUUGGUUUGUAUAAAAAGGUGAUUUCAUUUUGUGGGGAGAAAAAGAUGCCAUCAAAGAAGGUAUAUCCAAAAUAA